AUGUCCGAUCGUGACUGCCGCAUCUACGUGGGCAACCUGCCGGCCGACGUGCGCGAGCGGGACAUCGAGGACGUCUUCGGAAAAUAUGGCCGCAUCCGCGCCACUGAUAUCAAGAACGGCAGAGGGCCCGCGUUUGCCUUCAUCGACUUUGAGGAUGCCAGAGAUGCCGAGGACGCGGUCCGCGGACGUGAUGGCUACGAUUUUGAUGGAUACCGAUUGAGAGUCGAAUUCCCGCGCGGAGUUGGUCCGCGUGGCGUCGGGGGCAGACCGAUGCGCGAUGGUGGAAGCUCGCGCGGAGCUCCUCCGCCACGACGUUCCGGAUACCGCGUCAAAAUCACUGGUCUGCCUCCCACUGGCUCUUGGCAAGACCUCAAGGACCACAUGCGCGAGGCGGGAGACGUCUGCUACGCCGACGCGAAUGGCGAUGGAAGCGGAGUUGUGGAGUUUUCGCGCUACGAGGACAUGCGCAGGGCCAUCAAGAAGCUGGACGACACGAAAUUCCGAUCCCACGAGGGCGAGACGGCUUAUAUUCGAGUGGAGGAGGAGAGCGGCGGCGGCCGGGGAGGACGGUCGCGCUCUCGUUCUCCACCUGCACGUCGAGGUGGCAGGAAUUCGCCGAAGUACUCUCCACGUCGCUCGAGGUCCCGCUCCCGCUCGCCAAAGUCUCGCUCGGUCUCCCGCUCCAGGUCCCGUUCG